CCAACGCCCAUAAACUGGCAAUAGGAAAUGAAUCGGGUUGUGAGAGGAAUCGCCUUUCCACCCUACUGAGAAAAGAGACACUCCGUCUAGUGCUCUGUAGCGACAGUGAGCGCUGCCUCGUUUGUCCAGCUCGACUCCUCUCGGCGCUGUCCCUCUAUUGUAUAACUCGUGUCUAGUUCAUUUGGGAUCUAGGACUCAUCUCCCCUUUCCUUUCCUUCGGUCUUCCUUUACACUCGCUUGACUGCUUAUCUCUCUCCUAUAUCGUCCGUCAAAAUGGCAACACGAAUCGACAAAGAGGCUUGCAGGGAAGCUUAUAAUUUGGUCAGAGACGAUAACACUGAUAUAAACUGGGCGGCGUUUAAAUAUGACGGCCCUACCAUUGUGCCAGCUGGACAUGGGACCGAUUACGAAGAAUUCAAGGGCCACUGUACAGACGAUGGGCGGCUCUUCGGAUUCGUGCGGUUCACGACGGGCGACGCCAUGAGCAAGCGGGCCAAGUUCACGCUGAUCACCUGGAUCGGGGAGAACGUCAGCGGACUGCAGCGUGCCAAAAUCAGCACUGACAAGACACUGGUCAAAGACGUGGUCCAGAACUUUGCAAAGGAGUUCAUGAUCAGCGAGCGCAAAGAACUAGAGGAGGAUUACAUCCGCAACGAGCUGAAGAAAGCAGGCGGGGCCAACUACGACGCGCAGGCGGAGUAAACCAAUCAAGCACAAAUGAGGGAACGGGGCGGGGCUUAUCUCAACUGGACCAGAGAGACAGGGAAGAUGUCAUCUCAUUUCAUACACUCUCUCUAACUUCUCUCUCUCUCUCUCUCUCUCUCUCUCCAACACUCCCACACAGCCACACACCACAUACAAUCUCAGUACACAUUACAACAUGCAUACGCACACAUGUACGCGCACACACACGCACACACAUACUCUUACACAGUAAUCCAGCCCCACACCCUGUCUGUGUAUGAUCUGUGUCCUCCGCCGGCCCCCUCUCCAGAGCGAUGGUUCAUGGUUGUGACUAUCUGCUGUACCGUGCUUCAUCUCACCCCUGUCCCAGCCACCGCCGGCUUCGCCUCGGCUCGCCUCCGGGCCUCCGUUGAACCGGGGAGUUUUUGUAUGUCAACCCUAAUUGGACCAUCAAAAAGAGGAAGUGAGCCCUUCUUGGCUCGUCAUUGGACCAUUGGCUGUUCCAUCACUGUGGUCUUAGUAAUUGAUUAUGCAUACUUUUUUUUUUUGUAUUUUCUUCUCUUGUGGUUAUGGUUCAAAGACUCGCCCUUGGUCAAUGGAGAUCCUACCCCAUAUUCAUUUUGUUUUGUUGUUAUUUUUAUAGAUUAUGUACUCCCGUACCCCAACUGAACAGGCCACUGUGUUUACUGCCUUAAUCUCCCAUGGAGAGAGAGGUAUCAAUCAUGGGAGGUGUGUUUGUGUGUGUGUGAGUGCGUGUGUGUGGGUGUGUGUGUGUGAGUGUAAAAGUGUGUGUGUGUGCGUAAAAGUGUGUGUGUGUGGACACUGCACUGUGAUUGGCAGUACUCCGGGAGAGAACGUGAUUCCUGUAAGCCCGAGGUGCCUCUUGAGAAGGCGAUGGUGCUUCCAUUUAGCCUGAUCUAGUAGGAGCUGCCAUAUCUGGUGUAGCAAUUUAUUUUUAUUUGGAUUUCAACCCAAAAGGAAUGUUUCUUUUUUUUUCAUUUUUUUUACGUUUUCUUUGGAAUAUUUUUUUUUUCAUAAGAAUUCUAACUCUGGUUCAUUCUGUGGAGGGAAAAAAAGUCAGGGAGACGUGAGAAGCAAAAGGCUGAUAUAAAAAAAAUGAAUAACUGGACACACCAUCAUUUCAAAAUAAAAAAAUGUUGUUUUUUCACAUAA